GUUCUGAUCGGAGGAGAAAGCGCGCGCACACAGCGUGGAUGGAGCAGAGGAACAUGGCGUGUGUGAAAAGUCAGCAGUGUACAGUGUGGGUCGGAGCGGAGACCGGCAUCCUGAAGGGUGUGUGUGUGAGCAGGAAGCAGGUGUAUAAUUUUUGUGAGAUGCGCAGCCUGAGCCGAGACGAGGAGAUCUGCACAAUCACCUGGGGGGACGAGCAGGAGACUGAGGUGUUAAUGGGGAGUGUUAAUGGCAGAGUGAAGACCUUCAGUACAGAAAAGGGAAUAUUUACUGAGAGUCGAGAGUGUGCAGAUUUAACACAUGGACGAUUCACUGGCCUUGCAGUCACUGACAGGUCCUUAAUAACAUGUGUGGAAUCUGGAUUGCUGAAGGUUUGGCCUGAAGCCGGCCAGGAGACAGUGGAAAUAAAUGUGGGGAGUGGAGUGUGCCGAAUGAGACAGAACCAGUUGGAGCGCCACCAUGUGGCCACUGGAGGAAAGGAGAACCCGCUGAAAGUGUGGGACCUGCAGAGACCAGACGCACCCAUCUUCACUGCCAAGAAUGUUGCUAAUGACUGGUUGGAUCUGCGUGUUCCAGUGUGGGUUAGAGACAUGGCUUUCCUCACACACUCCAACAAGAUCAUCACCUGCACAGGACAUCAUCAGGUGCGUGUGUAUGACCCGUCGUGUCAGAGGAGGCCAGUGCUGGAGGCAGAGUUUGGGGAGGUUCCUCUGACAGCGCUCUCGGUUCCACCUGGUGAGAACAGUGUGGUGGUGGGAAACACACAAGGGCAACUUGCCACCCUCGACCUGCGCAAAGGUCUUGUGCGUGGGUGUAUGAAGGGCAUGGCAGGCAGUGUGAGAGGGCUGCAGUGUCACCCAUCGUUACCCCUCGUCGCCUCCUGUGGCCUCGACCGAUUCAUCCGCAUACACAACCUACAGGACAGAACACUAACACACAAGGUGUAUCUGAAGUCCCGGCUGAAUUGUCUGUUGCUCUCCAGCAGAGACCUCCAGUGUGUGUCAGACGAGGAAGAACAGCUGGAGGAGACAAAAACAGAGGAGGAUGAGGUCUGGGAUACCAUGGAAACGGUGACAGAAAAUAUCAGGAAAAGAGCAGCACAAGACGAGGAGGUCAAAGAUGUGCUGGAGAGAGACAAGAAGAAAAGGACAAAGAAGUGACAACAGAUUUAUCGCGAUUUAUGUGCAGUUUUUAUAGACUGGUUAAUACUAUUAAACUCUCUGUGCUCAGUUGUGUGUGUGGUGUUAAUCGUGACGGCAGCAGCCAGGUCGACUUUUUGACUCCUGGUUCUCGUUAAGGUUCUCCAGGUCUUAGGCCACUUAUCUGAGUGAAGGCUCUUAUGUAGUACCUGUAGUGUCUGUUAGGGGGCAACAGCACACAAUCUAAUCAAUCCUGUGGACCUCAGAUCCUAAUGUGUGGAAACGAACUAACAUCCAUUCAUUAACACCUGGUUCUGUUUUUAAAUCAAACUGAGAAUAACAGAAUUAUCCUAAACUUAAACACAUGAUUAUUUCUUGUGUAAUGGUGAAACACCAGUUUUUAUAAUUUACAUAAAUAGUGAGAAAA